ACAUAUUUACACCAUGGCUUCGCUCGGUUUAUUCAUGUUGUUAAUUUGUGUUAAAUACAAUGUUGGAUAUAGUUUUAUGGAUGAAUCCGAAACCCUGGUCUGGCCAACGGAGUACCAUAUAAAAGCGGAGAAGAUUAACCUAGAUGCCGGCAUUGCGGAGACUAUGGAGAUGUGGUCCAGCGCCGCUGUCAACCGCUCCCGUAUUGACUUCUACGGCGGACUGGUCAAGAAGUAUUACCACUGGGAGACCGAUGAGGAACAUGGCUACGUCUACAGCCUAAUGCCCCAAUCUACAGAAGAAUACCAGAAUAAGAUCACGUGUGGCAUGCAAGAAAUAAGUGACGAGGAAGAUAUCGAAUCAAGUCUGCCUAAAAUCGAACACUUUGAACAUAUAGGCAAAUGUCCCCCUAAUAUUUAUGUAUUUAUUUUAUUUAUUUUUUUAGGCAAUGAAGAAUUGGAGGGGAAAAAAGUGGCGGUGUGGAAGUAUGGAAGGGUAUUCCAGGAAAAAAGAUGGCAGGAGAGAAUUCUGUACACGUACCAGAGUGAUGACUACGAUAUACCUGUCAGAUUCGUAGCCAAGAACUACUUAAUGAAGAACGGCGCGAUGACAGCUCACAUCAUCACCAACUAUUACAGCUACGAGCCCACUGUGGAGGAAGAGGAUUUGGAUGAAGGGGACACAGAUGACUGCGAAUACAUGGGGAGGCUGGGUGAAGAUUUUAACAACGAUAUAAAGCACCUUCAUCCAGCAAAGGAGACUGAUGUGGAUAUUGCUUUUCAUAGUUACAAAAAACAUAACGGGAAAAAUUACGACAGCGAAACCGAGCAUGAAAUGAGAAAAGCUAUUUUUCAUGAAAAUUGGGAAAUGAUAGAGCACCACAACCGUCAGAACCUCGGGUAUAAGUUAUCCCUGAACCAAUUCGUCGAUCGCACCUUGGACGAGAUGGAGAUUCUCACAGGCCUCCUCCCCAACCCCCCAGAGCUGGAGGCCACACAUCCCUUCCACUCUGAUGAAGAAGUCAGGAGGCUUGCUGAGGAGUUACCGGAAAACUUCGAUUUGAGGAUGGAGGGAGUUAUUUCGCCAGUGAAAAAUCAGGCGCAUUGCGGCUCCUGCUGGGCGUUUGCGUCGACGGCGGCUGUAGAGGGCGCUGUAGCGCGCAGCAAUGGCGGACGGAUCGUCGACCUCAGUGAGCAGUCUCUGGUUGACUGUGCCUGGGGACUGGGCUGCAUGGGCUGCGACGGCGGCUGGAUGGAAAGCGCCUUCCAAUACAUCGUCAAACAUGGCCUCCCUGUGGAGGAGGAAUACGGCUCUUAUCUUGAACAGGACGGUUUAUGCCACAAGGAUAACAUGACAACCACAUACACCAUCAAAGGCUACUCGAAGCCGACCCCCCACAACGCCCAGGCGCUGAAGGUGGCCCUCUACAAGUAUGGACCAGUGGCUGUGUCCAUCAACUUCAACAAGAAGAUGCGAUAUUAUGACAGCGGUGUCUUCUAUGACCCUGACUGUAACAAAGGACACACGAACCACGGCGUCGUGGUAGUCGGCUACGGAGUUCGCGACGGCACCGACUACUGGAUUAUAAAGAACUCCCACGGCGCCACUUGGGGACAGGCGGGGUAUAUUCUCAUCUCGGCUAAGGACAAUAACUGCUUCGUUCUAUCUAGACCGGUUUACCCUAUAGUGUAACCCUACUCCCUCUACCUAUCC